AGAGAGACGCACUGCUCGUCGUCGCGAGAAACCGAAACCAAUCUUUUCUCUCCGUCGACCGCACGCGUCCACGUUUCCAUCAGACGGACCACAGCGCGUCACUCUUCCUUCUCCUUGCCCGUAAAUGUUGAUACUAGCGGAGUGAGCAGUUACGAGCGGAGUGAGGCGAGGCCGGAGGAGAUGAGCGGAGACGAGGUUGAGAAGGCCAAGGCUGCCGGCGGCGGCGGCCUAGGGGAGUACGGGACGUUUCAGGGUCCGCCCAGCUACCCGCCUCCGCGCCCACCCGUCGGCUACCCGCAGCCCGCCCCGCCGCCCGGCCUCUACGGCCAGCGGGAGCCCAACUCGCGCCACCGCGGCGGGUACCAGGCCGGGAACGCUCAAGAUUAUGAAGUAGGUGCUCGUGGACAUAGACAUGACCGCCUACCAUGCUGCGGUAUUGGUAUGGGCUGGUUUCUAUUCAUAAUCGGUUUCUUUCUUGGUGCCAUCCCCUGGUAUGUCGGAGCAUUUCUGUUGUGGUGUUCCAGAGUGGAUUACAGGGAGAAACCAGGAUAUGUGGCAUGCACAGUAGCGGUGGGUGUUUUGGCAUACUUCAGCAGUUGCACAGCGUAUCAUUUUAAUUUGUGCAUGAACUUUUGGACACUCAAGUAGCUGAAGCAUAUCUAUGUGACAUUAACAAAAGAGUGAUUCAGAGAAGGUGAGCACCCUUAUCAAAGAAUGCAUUAAAUGUUGACAUGUAUGCAGCUAGGGUAUAUCUAUGUUACAGUAACAAAGACUGAUCCAGAGAGUGAGCACACUUGAUAAAAACAUGCAUGAUGGUAGUGUCAUUUCCUAGUUAGUAGUGUAGUUUUAUGUUACUCCCUCCAUGCCCUUAUAUACAAGGCCACUUCAUAUUUUUAUAUCUAACUUUGACCAUUAAUUUUACCAACAAAAAGUGAGUUAUAUGCCACAGAAAGUAUGUCACUGGAUGCACAUUUCAAAGAACUUUCCAAUGAUAUAUUUUUCAUGACAUAUACUCCAUAUUUCGUUGACCAAAAUUACAAGUCAAAGUUUGACACGAAAAAUGAAGUGGCCUUGUACAAGGGAAUGGAGGGAGUAUGUAAAAGCUUCAUGUAGAAAUCACCUUUAUUUUUGAAAUUCUGAUGAUCACUUACUG